UAGAUUAAGGUUUAGGUGUACCAGCGGAUUCUACUUGAACGGCUCAGAGUAUGCGCAAUGCCAGGCAAACGGAACUUGGAGCGCGUCUUUACCUUCAUGUAUACCGUUUUGUGAAUCUCCUCAAUUCAUGAAUGGAUACCUUGAAUUUAGUGACAAUAAUGGAGCGCUUGACGUUGACAGCACAUUGACGUAUUAUUGUGAUCAAGGUUAUCAGUUAUCUGACGAAAAACAGAAAACAAGAAGAUGCCAAGGAAACAGAAAAUGGUCAGGAACUGCACCAACCUGCACUCAAAUACGAUGCCCAGAUAUUUCUAAAGAAACAAUCGAAGAUGGCAGCAUUCUAAAUCAUAAUAGACUGCUUGGCUCUAUUGCUGUGUACGAAUGCAACAGAGGAUACCGCAUUGCUGGAGACAAAACAAGAGUAUGUCAAUCAGAUGGGAAAUGGUCGGGGAAUCCUCCUGUAUGUCAAGAUUUUAGUUGCUCUGAAUGUCAUGAAGAAGCAGAUUGCAUUCAAAACGAGCAAUGCAUGUGCAAACCAGGAUACAUUGGCGACGGAAAAUAUUGUUGCAAAGAAGAUCUGACGGAUAGAGUUGCAAUUAGAAAUGAAGCCACGUUUCUAAAUUGCGACGGCAAUUGCAACAUGCCAUUUCAACACGUUGUGUGGUACCACAAUACUGUGCCAGUCAAUAUUUCUAGUAGUCGAAUUGGAGUAGCCAAGAAUGGAAUGUUACUUUACAUAAACAAAGUAUCGAAAAAUGACGCAGGAGAAUACGUAUGCGUUAUCAACAACGGUAAGGCUGUGUUUAGAAGAUAUGGAAAUCUGCAGGUGACUGAAGAUAUGUUUGGAUGUCAGCAAAACUCUAGAUGUUCAUCUGAUUGUGGACGGAGUUGUGCAAGAAAGCCGUUUGUGGCAAGAGGAGAUGUAACUUAUGCCGGACAAUUUCCAUGGCAAGCGAUGCUUUGUCCUGCUACUCAUGCCCAACAUUGUGGAGGUGUUCUUGUAUCAGACAAUUGCAUUGUAACGGCAGCUCAUUGCUUUUAUCUUGGAGGGGUGUUUACUACAAACGUCAGCGUAUGUGUUGGCCGUCAAUGUGGAAACUGCUCUGAAGUCGAUGUUGAAGGAAAUCCACAAUGUUUUAAGCCCAAUUCGACAGUUAUUCAUCCCAAUUUUAGCAGAAGUACGCUAGACAAUGACAUUGCCAUUAUUAGACUACCAAAAGCGGUUUCGUGUCACUGCAACAGUGUCUUUCCUGUUUGUUUGCCUAAUGAGAAGAGAGACGGAUCUUACCUUCGAGCUGGAAUGGAAGGCAUCGUCACUGGGUGGGGAAGAGUAAAUUCUUCACUUAGUAGAUCAACGUGCUUGCGUAAAGGCGACGUGAGACUUGCUUCUCGAAAUAUUUGUUCCAGAAGGCAUCCAGAUUAUCUAAUAACGAACAGUAUGAUGUGUGGAACUGAUUACAACGGCGCAUGCGAAGGAGACAGUGGUGGUCCGCUUGUGAUUAAAAACGAAGAGUACGGACGUCGUUUUGUGUUGGCGGGUAUAGUGAGCUGGGGAAAAGGAUGUGGCCAGGUGAACGGUUUAGGAGUUUACACUAAAGUCUUGACUCAUGUGAAUUGGAUAAAGCAGAUGUGUGGCAUGAACUCUUAGAACUUUGUUGCAGUGCAGUUGCACUUUCAAUUGCAGACAGUGUCAGUCCGUAUUGUAGAAUACACUCAGAAAUGGCAUUU